AUGGCGUCAUUUACAUCUCAAAUGAUCGUUCAUCCCGCCGUCCCUAAUAGGCCUCCGGCGAGUUCUCUUUUCUCUAAUAAGCUGCCGGUGUUUGUCUUGCCAUCUCUAAUAGGCCGCCGACGACUCCGCUGGAACUGCGUUCAUCCCGCCGUCCCUAAUAGGCCGCCGGCGAGUUCUCUUUUCUCUAAUAAGUUGCCGGUGUUCGUCUCGCCGUCUCUAAUAGGCCGCCGACGACUCUGCUGGAACUGUAUCAAAAUUUUAGGUAAUACUAUGGGAGAUCAGGACAUAGGUCUGGAUUUUGAGAUUGAGCCUCGAGUUGGUAUAAUAUUUAAUUCAGAGAUCGAGGCUUACAAAUUCUAUAAUUCCUAUGGGGGAAGGAUGGGUUUCAGUGUGAGGAGAGACUAUGCACAUUGGAGUAGAAAUGAUAAGUCAAUCCUAACUUCAAGGAAAUUCGUAUGUAGUAAACAAGGUUUGAGGAAAAAAGACAAACGAGAUGCUGAUACAAAGAUACCGAGAGCAGUGACAAGAACUAAUUGUAAUGCACGGAUGGGAAUUGUGCGUAUUGAUAAUGGACAAUAUCAAUGUAAUAUAUUUACUGAAGAGCAUAAUCAUCCUCUACAUUUACCGGCUACAUUGCUUAUGAUGCGGUCGCAACGGAAAGUUUCAGAUGCCCAUGCGAUAGAGAUUGAUUUAGACGAUGAUUCUGGAAUAAAACCUAAGGCCAUUUUUGAGUACAUGAGCAGGAAAGCAGGUGGAAAAGAAAACAUUGGGUUUAUCAGACAAGAUCAAAAGAAUUACCUCCGAACAAAACGUCAGCGUGACUUAUCGUAUGGUGAAGCUGGUAGUUUGUUGAUGCCAUUCGGUGUAUUUACUGGAUUUAAUCACCAUAGAGGUAUAUGCAUUUUUGGGGCUGCCUUGUUAUAUGAUGAGACUUCAGAAUCUUUCAAAUGGUUGUUUGAGGCUUUCUUGAAAGUCCAUGGGCAAAAGAAGCCAUUAACCAUUUUUACCGAUCAAGAUGCUGCAAUGGGAAAUGCGAUAUCUGAGUACGAGGAAGUAAUAGAGUUUGAGAAUGCAUGGAUGAAAUUACGUAGUGAUCAUCUAGUUACAGAUCCUUCAUGGUUAGAUCGUAUAUAUGGACUUAAAGAGAAAUGGGCUAAGUGUUUCACCAUAGGUAUGCGAAGUACACAACUCAGUGAGAGUUUGAAUGGUGAUUUGAAGGAUUACUUGAAAUCCAGUUUGGAUCUUGUUCAGUUUUUUAAACAUUUCGAGAGGGUGGUGAAUGACAAGCGUUAUAAUGAGUUGAAGGCAGAGUUUGAUGCAAGAAAUAAAACUCCAAGAAAUAUCUUUCCCAUGUCACCCAUUAUGAACCAAGCGUUAGAAAUUUAUACUCCUAAAAUAUUUGAAGAACUUCAACACGAGUAUAUUUGGAUUACUGCUUGUUCUAUUAAAUUUCGGAAUGAGAGUGCUGCCAUUCAUAACUACAUAGUUGAUGUUGUUGACAGAGAAGGGAAUUUCAAUGUUGAGUGUAACCCAGUUGGCCCUACUAUUGCAUGUAGUUGUAGAAAGUUUGAGACUUUUGGAAUUCUAUGUUGCCAUGCUUUGAAAAUAUUUGAUGUGCUUGAUAUCAAGUUCAUUCUUGCAAAUUAUGUAUUGAGGAGAUGGACACGGGGAGGAAGAAGCAUGAUAGUGAAAGGUGAUGACGGAACCCAAGUUGAAGAAGAUGUUAACCUAGAUUGUACACAACGUUAUAGGAUUCUUUGCCCUAAACUAGUGAGAAUAGCCUCAGAAGCAUCAAAUUCGUCUGAGGGAUAUGCAUUGGUUGACAGAAAUGCUAAUGAUUUGUGUGCAAAACUUCAAAAUCUUGCAGUCGAUGGCCCUUCAAUAAUUGUCUCAAGGGAGUACUCUAAUGUGAACAAAGUAAAAGGGAUAAAGAAUAAAUCUCCUCGCAAAGGUGGAAAGCGUCAUAAGAGUUGGGUGGAAAAGCAAAGAAAUAAAAAGAAAACAGUUAGAGCAAAUACUUCCCAGGCUUCUCAGCUAAUCCAACCAAGUGUACCAUCACAUUUAAGUUAUUGGAAUCCACCUGGUGGAUCACAAGUAAUGGAUAAUGGCAAGAUUUCUUACACUCAACUAUUAACAGGUGCCGAGGUGUCAUAUAUAAAAGCUUCUUCUCCUUCAUUCAACAGCUUCGAAGUAGAAAUGCUCGCAGCAAUCGUCAUUGCGAAGUUCAGUGCUUCAGUUCCUUCAAUGGCUGGUCGAAUUUGA